UGAACGAUCAUUUAAAGUAGGCUAACCAGGAAACAUGGUGACAGUUGGCAUCGGGCAAUACAUCACUUUAUUUUACUGCUGGUCAGGGUGUUUUUGUGCUAUUCCAGUCCAAAGACCAGGUUUGACAAGACGUUUCGGGAAUGAGUGAAACUUUCUAGGAUCCAAUCCAUGAUGUGAAAUUCGUUCUAACCGAAGUGGAAAAUAAACGCCAAAAGAGACCGCUUACAUUUUAUUUUUUAUCACAAAAUGGUUUAGUGUGAUAAACCUGGGAGUAUUCACAAUGGAAAUUCGAGGUAAGUGCUUGUGGUGUUGUCAGACUGUUUUCCCAUGUUUUAAUAAACCGCCGUCAGAUUCAGAUCCGGGGAAGGAGAAGCGAGAAAUCGUGGUGAUCAAAAACAUUCAUGCGGAGGAGCGCACCAACAGGGCUUUGCCACCAAUACCCCUUGAGAAACCGGGAUACGUUUACAUCGCUCUCUACGAUUAUACCGCCCGAACCGUGGAGGACUUGAGUUUCAAUGCUGGGGACAAGUUAGACGCUCUAGACAAAAGUGCUGGCGAUUGGUGGUAUGCAAAUGCACUCACUGGAAUUUCAGCUGACAAGAAGGGUUACAUUCCAGCCAAUUAUGUGGCACCUGUGGAGAGCCUGGAUGCGGAACCGUAAGUAGCCUACCUUCACCAUUUAUAUCAAUUCAAAAUUAAGUGCUGGAUGAAUUAUUCUAUUGAAGUAGUUGACAUAGGCUACUGUAUAGACUAGAACAGCACCAGGUCAGGUUUGAAUAAUGUUUCUGUGGCAUCAUUCAAUGAGGUGAAGAACAGAAUGGGCUACAGAAAAUUACUUAUUUAAUAAAUCUUCCAUUUAUAGGGUAGCCUAUUAAAAUUCAGUCUACAUCCCUUAAAACCUUUACUUAUUCUUGGGCUACUUGAGGCCAGAGUAAAGCAUUAAAGACUCACACACACUUGAGGCAUGUUCCAGAGCUGCUUUACCCCUGAUCCCACUGAUCACCUAACCAUCAUUUUAGAAUGGGACACUAGCUAUCUGACACUCUUCUGUUGUGCAGUUAUGAUUAACCAUCAUAACUGACCUGUUGGUAUCCCUACACCACUGGACCAUUCCAAGAAGAUCUGGCAAAUAUUUGUAUACAUUCACAGUUUAUGAGAAUGAGCAUGCUCUAUAUAGCCUUGGUGCAUUCUGUUGUGUAAUGUUUAUUGUGCCAAUCGAAAGAUUAGCUAAAUUCAGAGUUGCACAUUGACUCAGUGUUGUGGAAUAUGAUGAGUCACAAUACUGUAAGUGCUUUAUUUAUUCCCUGCACUUCCUCAUAACCUAGUCCUUGAUGUGGCCUCAGAUUUGAGUGACUGCUCUCUAACAAACACAUGACACACGACUAACCAACAGUUGACAUAGGCUACAGUAAUGUCAUUAUUUUGUUUAGUUUAAUGCAUGCCAACUUUGGAUAUUGUGAACAGAUUUAGUCAAUAGGUAAAUGCCACACUACCUAAGUGGUUGGUCAAACUAGUUAAUGAUUGUCAAUGAUGAGGAAGCACAAUGGAUUAGUUAAUAAUUAUCCAGAUCAGAGGAAAAUAUAUCUGUAAAAACCAAGUGGUUCAACCCUAAAGAGAUUCAAUGUACAUGUACAUUUUUUGUUUUGUUUUACAGUAGCUGUAUUUACAGUUGAAGUCGGAAGUUUACAUACACUUAGGUUGGAGUCAUUAAAACUAGUUUUUCAACCACUCCAGAAAUGUCUUGUUAACAAACUAUGGUUUUGGCAAGUCGGUUAGGACAUCUACUUUGUGCAUGACACAAGUCAUUUUUACAACAAUCGUUUACAGACAGAUUAUUUCACUUAUAAUUCACUGUAUCACAAUUCCAGUGGGUCAGAAGUUUACAUACACUAAGUUGACUGUGCCUUUAAACAGCUUGGAAAAUUCCAGAAAAUGAUGUCAUGGCUUUAGAAGCUUCUGAUAGGCUAAUUGACAUCAUUUGAGUCAAUUGGAGGUGUACCUGUGGAUGUAUUUCAAGGCCUACCUUCAAACUCAAUGCCGCUUUGCUUGACAUCAUGGGAAAAUCAAAAGAAAUCAGCCAAGACCUCAGAAAAAAAUGUGUAGACCUCCACAAGUCUGGUUCAUCCUUGGGAGCAAUUUCCAAAUGCCUGAAGGUACCACGUUCAUCUGUACAAACAAUAGUACACAAGUAUAAACACCAUGGGACCACGCAGCCGUCAUACUGCUCAGGAAGGAGACACGUUCUGUCUCCUAGAGAUGAACGUACUUUGGUGCGAAAAGUGCAAAUCAAUCCCAGAACAACAGCAAAGGACCUUGUGAAGAUGCUGGAGGAAACGGGUACAAAAGUAUCUAUAUCCACAGUAAAACGAGUCCUAUAUCGACAUAACCUGAAAGGCCACUCAGCAAGGAAGAAGCCACUGCUCCAAAACCGCCAUAAAAAAGCCAGACUACGGUUUGCAACUGCACAUGGGGACAAAUAUCUUACUUUUUGGAGAAAUGUUCUCUGGUCUGAUGAAACAAAAACAGAACUGUUUGGCCAUGAUGACCAUCGUUAUGUUUGGAGGAAAAAGGGGGCUGCUUGCAAGCCGAAGAACACCAUCCCAACCGUGAAGCACGGGGGUGGCAGAAUCAUGCUGUGGGGGUGCUUUGCUGCAGGAGGGACUGGUGCACUUCAGAAAAUAGAUGGCAUCAUGAGGAAGGAAAAUUAUGUGGAUAUAUUGAAGCAACAUCUCAAGACAUCAGUCAGGAAGUUAAAGCUUGGUCGCAAAUGGGUCUUCCAAAUGGACAAUGACCCCAAGCAUACUUCCAAAGUCGUGGCAAAAUGGCUUAAGGACAACAAAGUCAAGGUAUUGGAGUGGCCAUCACAAAGCCCUGACCUCCAUCCUAUAGAACAUUUGUGGGCAGAAUUGAAAAAGCGUGUGCAAGCAAGGAGGCCAACAAACCUGACUCCGUUACACCAACUCUGUCAGGAGGAAUGGGCCAAAAUUCACCCAACUUAUUGUGGGAAGCUUGUGGAAGGCUACCCAAAACGUUUGACCCAAGUUAAACAAUUUAAAGGCAAUGCUACCAAAUACUAAUUGAGUGUAUGUAAACUUCUGACCCACUGGAAAUGUGAUGAAAGAAAUAAAAGCUGAAAUAAAUCACUCUCUACUAUUAUUCUGACAUUUCACAUUCUUAAAAUAAAGUGGUUAUCCUAACUGACCUAAGACGGGGAAUUUUUACUAGGAUUAAAUGUCAGGAAUUGUGAAAAACUGAGUUUAAAUGUAUUUGGCUAAGGUGUAUGUAAACAUCCGACUUCAACUGUACAUAUUGACAACCUUUUGUAGCGUCAACACACACACAAGUGCACUGGCUAUAUAUAGAAAGAAACUGGUUAAGCAAGGCAAUUGCACUUGGCAUGACAUGACGGAGAGUAAAACUUAACUUUGACAACCAAACAGACCUGGGUUUCUUGGUCAAAAGUAAUGUCGGGGUAAUGGUUUGAAAUAAUGGAACAGGUACCAUUCAUAAAUGAGCUGUUCAAGAAUAAUGGAAAUAUUUAAUCUUAUCAUAUCCUAUGAAAAACAACUAACCACACCUUUUUCAAUGCCAUUGAGACAUACAAUUAAAAGUAAAGGGUUUCAUAUGUAAUGAGGGGUCCAUCUUCUGAACAAAGUCAGUAAUAUUAUCUUGGGUGUGACUCAAGAGUAUUGUCCUGGUGAUCAUCCCCUGAAACUGGUUUUAGUUAAGCUGCAGUCCUAGUUUUUGCCUUUAACAAAACACUGUCUGUGGGAACCUUGAGAGGGUUUUGUCUUGGUAAUCAGGACUUGUUUCACGGUCUCAUAGUGUACAUAACCUGAUUUAACUUGAUUAGUGGAUGGAUAUAGUAGAGUAUAGUAUCAAUCAUAUUGAUCUGUUUGAUGUAUUGGUAAAAACCCUAAGCUAGGCAAACACCUUAAUGUACCUACCCACCAACUCAAUAUCACUGUGCAGUGCAAGUGAAUAUCUAUGAUGAUGCUGGUGUUGACAGUUGUUUCCUCCUGUUCUGCUAUACAGAUGGUACUUUGCGGACACCAAGAGACUGGAUGCUGAGAAGCUGCUUCUGUCUGAGGGGAACCAGCAUGGAGCCUUCCUCAUCAGACACUGUGAGAGUCAGAAAGGAGAGCUCUCACUCUCAGGUAAAUCUCAGCGUCAUGUUCUUGAACUUGUUGCAUCUGCAAGAGACUAAAGCUCAGAUCUGUAUCCCACCAAAUAUGUACUCUCACAGUAUGCUCACAUUACUGGUAACAGGUUUUGAAUUACUUUGUGAUGUUUGACACAUUUUGUGACUUCGCUUUAUUGUUCAGGAUUGUAUUUUGUGGUUUUAUUGUUCGAUCAAUCUAUUUCCUUGUGCUCCCGGUAUGAGGAGGGAACUCGAUGCACAAAGAACACAAGUUGUUUCUUCAUUCCUGAACAAUCCCCACUUUGCUCUGGGUAAAUCACAGUCUCCCAUAGUGCACUGAAAUGUUUGAAGGUUCAAGGUCAUAAAAUUAAACAAAUAGGGAGACCUCUCUUCUUAUAAAGAGACUGUGAUAACAUCACUUAAGGCCACAUGAUUCUGGCUGGCCAUUUCUGUCGGAAGGAAAAAGUCCCUUGCUUAUACAUUUACAGUGGUCGAUUAACUUAGUCACGACAGAUGCAAUAAUCUCAUAGUAACAUGAUUACAGGAAAGUUCAAUGGUGUUGCUAUCUGCCUAUGUAUUGUUCAUGUUUAUAAUAGUACAUUAGUCAUAGUAGUCACAAACCAAAGUUGGGUCACCUGCUACUGUCCUCCCUUCCACUGUUUUCUUUCUCUUUCUGUGGUGUGGUGGUCAAAGCAAAAGUGUGAAAACAGUCUGGAAAACGUAUCUCGCUCCCCCCCUCCCCCCCUGGCGGUUAUAAUAAUAAUAUAAUAUGCCAUUUAGCAGACGCUUUUAUCCAAAGCGACUUACAGUCAUGCGUGUAUACAUUUUUGUGUAUGGGUGGUCCCGGGGCUCGAACCCACUACCCUGGCGUUACAAGCGCCGUGCUCUACCAGCUGAGCUUACUGACACUUGAGCCCCCUCUCUUCCCAUUUUACAAAACAUUUUCUGUAACCAGCCUUCUCACCCACUGGACACCGACACCGGACAUCCAUGGAUGUUGAAAAGUAGUUGAAAUUUGGUCAGUCCAAAUCUGAACCAAUCAUAAGUGUCUGUUUUUCAACUUUCGGCAGCACAGUACAGAAAAGUAGAGUAUAGGUCAGUACAGUAGAGUUUAGUACAAGAGUAGAGUACAGUAUAAUUUACUGAACUGUACUUUACUGGACUAUACUCUAUUGUGCUGUACUGUACUCUAUUGUACCUUACUGUACUCUACUAUGCUAUACUGUGAUGUCCAAACUUGUGAAAGAUAGACGUCUAUGAUUGGUACAGAUUUGUUCCGGUCCAGACCAACCAAAUAUGGUCUUGUUUGAGCUCAUUAGAAUAAUAGCCAGUGUUUAGAAUAAUACCCAAACAUGCAAAAGAGGAUAUUACAUUUUUCUACCUUUGUGUACACGGGUUUACAUCACCAUGGAAGAGAAUUCAUAAUGAUGCAUUUCUGUAUAGUACAGAUCAGGGACCCACGAUUUCAUUCUGUUAGCGGGUGUUAAUCCACUUCACUUACUGUAGUUAAAUAACCAAAAAUAACCCAUUGUUAUUUUUUAAAUUUUUUGUGUCAUGUCAUAACUGACACCCCAUUCUUUCUGCAGACAUCUUUGAAUCUUAAUUCGGAGUAGAUAUUUAAGAGUUUUUGGAAAACGUGGUCACGUAGAAAAAACUGAGGGAGAUUUUCCUGUCAUUCUGUUACCAAAAUUUACAUCUGCGCUGCUCUUCGAGUGUCACGAUCGUCGGGAACAGAGGACCAAGGCGCAGCGUGGAAUGCGAACAUGCUUUUUAUUAAUGUUACACGAACAAAACAACAAACGAUACGUGCAGUCCUACGGUAAAACACAAACCAAAAGGAACAAGAUCCCACACCAUACUGUGGGAAACAGGCUGACUAAGUAUGGUUCCCAAUCAGAGACAACAAGCAACAGCUGAUUCACGUUGCCUCUGAUUGAGAACCACACUGGCCAACAUAGAAACACAAUACUAGACCGAACACAAAAUAAAACUCACACCCUGGCUCAACAUACUAGAGUCCCCAGAGCCAGGGCGUGACAGUACCCCCCCCCCAAAGGCGCGGACUCCGGCCGCGCCAACCAAACACCACAGGGGAGGGACCGGGUGGGCACUCCGCCUUGGCGGCGGAUCCGGCUCCGGGCCUGAUCCCCACUCCCUCUCCAACCCCCCAAAGUACCCCUGGUCCGGUCUGGCCCUGCUGGCCGGAGCUGGACUGCACACUGGUGGAGCGGAUUGCUCUAGCUCCGGCGUGAAGCAGCCGGACCAGGCACCGGUGGAACAGGCACGGGCCGUGCUGGACUGACGACGCACACCACUGGCUUGGUGUGGGGAGCAGGAACGGGCCGGACCGGGCUGGCGACGCUCACCAUUGGCCUGGUGCGGGGAGCAGGAACAGGCCGGGCCGGGCUGGCGACGCGCACCACAGGCUCGGUGCAAGGGACAGUAACAGACCGGACCGUACUGGGGACACACACCACUGGCCCUACGCAGGGAUCAGGAACGGGCCGGACCGGACUGGUAACACACCCCAGUACCUCUCGCCGUGCCUCUACACCUUCCCUCCCCUUUUUGACCAGUGCCCCCCGUAACCUGGCGGCCUCCUCUGCCAACCCGCUGGGCCGCUCUAUCGCGGUCUCCUGGUGCCCCGUCGUCCACGGCGUGAGCCCCCCCCUACAAAUUUUCUGGGAGUCUCUCCUCCCCGUGGACCAGGCCUCCAUAGUUCUCGCCCAACUCUCGCUCUUCUGCUUCCAAGUCAAGCCCCUCUCUUGCUCACACGGCUUGACCCAGUCGAGGAGGCGCUGGAUAUCCGCUAGAGAUUUCCCUGGUGAUGGCUCCUGGACCCGCUGCUUGGUCCAGUUCUGGUGGGAUCUUCUGUCACGAUCGUCGGGAACAGAGGACCAAGGCGCAGCGUGGAAUGCGAACAUGCUUUUUAUUAAUGUUACACGAACAAAACAACAAACGAUACGUGCAGUCAUACGGUAAAACACAAACCAAAAGGAACAAGAUCCCACACCAUACUGUGGGAAACAGGCUGACUAAGUAUGGUUCCCAAUCAGAGACAACAAGCAACAGCUGAUUCACGUUGCCUCUGAUUGAGAACCACACUGGCCAACAUAGAAACACAAUACUAGACCGAACACAAAAUAAAACUCACACCCUGGCUCAACAUACUAGAGUCCCCAGAGCCAGGGCGUGACAUCGAGUAAAUACGUUUUUGUUAACUUUUCAGUGGAAAUUGUUAAAAGUAGUCCUUGUGCAUAGUUGUAUGGUUUGUUUAACUUGGCAAAUAAUAUUUUUUGUUUAGCAUUGAGUCUGUGUCCUUCUGUUACCGUGGACUUGGCCUUAUGUAAUUUCUGAAUGACAGAUUUUAACAUUUUUUACUCUUCGGCGCACAUUUUCAUGGCCAUGGUUGAUUUUACUGUCUUUAUUCACACUUUUUUAGUAUUGUGCCCUAAUGCUUUGUAUGUAUCUUUCAGUACUGGACCAGUGCAAAGUGAAGCACUACAAAGUAAGGAAGCUGGACACUGGAGGCUACUACGUGGCAAGGUCGAAGAACUUCCUAACUCUGAGGGAGUUGGUGGAACAUUACUCAAAACUGGAGGAUGGGCUCUGUGUGCGGCUGCUUGAACCAUGUAAAAAGGUAUGGUGUUCCAUUUACUUUCUUUAUUAACUAUCAUGUGAUUGCGAUAAAGCAGAUUUGUUUAGUGGCCCUUUUGAUCUGAAUUCAUGUACACACACUUUAUGGAACAAAUGUGCCUGGCAAAUUUGCUAAAGAUUAUCCAGAUCACAGAAACCCUGUUCAAAUAUUGGGCCUAAUGCAUUAGCCUGAUAAUGUUCCAUGUCAACCAUGUAUAGCACCAUUAACCGCUCACAAAGGACAAUAGAACCAACAGUCAUGUGGUUUUCCUGAACAGUAGAGAGGACAGUGUGUCAGGUUCUACUUUGGGCCAGUUCCUCUGUCUCGGCUGAUGCUGUAUCUCUCUCCUGUCAGAUGGAGGUGCCUCAGACCCAUGGUCUGUCCUACAACACUGCCGACCAU